GCUGUGCGUUUCUUUUUGGUAAGAAUGGACCUUUUCGCCCCGAUUUGAUUGGGUUCUUUAAGUUCCCCAAACCAAGUUCAAGAAUAUCUGGCAGGCCCAACCCAAUGCUUUUGUAGCAGAUCUACCUGGAACAAGUGUCGACUACGACUCUCAACAAUUGCACAAUAUAGCUCUCAAUCCGAGGUUCAAGGCUACCGGAUUCUACAUUUCGGCGUUUUCUUGCGCGACGGGUGGGUAUGGCGGGAGUGUCGGAUGUGCAAAAGAGACCUGGAGGACGGCCUUUGGGCCCUCCUCCUAGAGGUCCUCCUCCUCUUCAGCCCGUUGAUCGCGAAAAGACUUGUCCUUUAUUGCUUCGCGUUUUCACCAAGAUGGGGAGUCAUCAUUCCAAGGAAGACUUUGCAGUGAGAGGCAAGGAGCCCAAGGAUGAGGUUCAAAUCUAUACAUGGAAGGAUGCUACACUUCGAGAGUUAACUGAUCUGGUCAAAGAGGUGGCACCAGCAGCAAGGAGAAGGGAUGCAAGACUCUCCUUUGCUUUUGUAUAUCCAGACAAAAAUGGUCGCUUUGUGGUGCGAGAGGUUGGAAAGACCUACUCUAACAGAAAUGGGAAAUUAGAUGAUGGCAAAGCAUUGGCUGAGCUUGGCUUCCAGAUUGGAGACUAUUUGGAUGUUGCAAUUCUGUAGAGAGGGUACUUUUUCACAGUUUUUCUCUUUGUUUUAGGAAUCGGGGCAUCAGUAGGUUGAUUUGGGAUGUAAGUUUACGCCCGAGAUGGAAGGGUCUAUUGCUGAGAUGGUUCCAGUGUUGUAUGUACCGAACUUGUUAUAAUAUUAUAUCAUCAUCCAUUAUAUUAGAACAUCAUCCAUGUGUUUUGAAAUGAAGCGUGUGUUUGUUGGGAGUUCUAUGAAGCUAUUCAGGAUCUAAGCUCA